AUGGCAAGCAAGGUGGUCCGAAGUCGAACAUUCACCGGCUGCAAUCCAGCCCGUCUGUUCCAGCGGUCCGCUGCCCUCGGAGCCUCAAAUGGACCAGCAGCAAAGCUCAAUAGAGAUCGUAAACUCUUUACCACCUCCUCGCAACGGCAAGCCGAGGCCCUUAGCGAGCAGCAAAAGUCAAUCGUGAAAUCUACAGCGCCGAUAUUACAGGACCAUGGCGUGGCCAUCACAAGCGUCUUCUACAAGCGGCUGCUAAACAAUCAUCUGACUCUGCGCAAUAUCUUCAACACUGCACACCAGGAGACCGGCGCUCAGCCGGCCGCGUUGGCACAUGCCGUUUGGGCCUAUGCCAACAACAUUGACAACCUGGGCGCGUUGACAGCCGCCGUCUCGAGGAUAGGGAACAAGCACGCCAGCCUGGACAUUCAACCGGACCAAUACCCCAUCGUGGGUCAGGAGUUACUUGCGUCAAUCAAGGAGGUGCUCGGGGAGGCUGUGACCGACGAGAUAAUCGACGCGUGGCAAGCAGCCUAUGCCCAGCUCGCAGAAAUCUUCAUCAAUUUCGAGCAGGAUCUCUACAAACAGGCCGAGAACACCACAGGGGGGUGGAACGGAUGGCGGACAUUCACUGUCGCGAAGAAGGUGCAUGAAAGCGACGAGAUUGUCUCGUUCUACCUCGAGCCCACGGACAAAGGACCUCUCCCUGAGUUCCAAUCGGGCCAAUAUGUGUCGGUACGGGUCUUCCUGCCGGAACUCGGGGUCUACCAGCCACGACAGUACAGCUUGUCGGACAUCCCAGACGGUCAGCACUUCCGGAUUUCUGUGAAGAAGGAGUCUGCUCGAGGGCCGAUUCCCGCGGGCAGGAUCUCGAACGUGCUGCAUGAGGAUGUCCCCGAAGGAGCACAGAUCGAUGUCAGUAUGCCGCGCGGAGACUUUUUCCUGGACGUCGACGGCGACACGCCUGUGGUCUUGAUCAGCGCCGGUGUUGGCAUCACGCCGAUGCUGUCCAUGCUGGGUACCGUGAUCGGCCAAAGCACGACGCGCCCUGUCAGCUUCAUCCAUGCUGUCCGGUCUGGGCAGGUCCACGCCAUGAAGGACUACCUCUCACAGGUCGUGGAGAGAAACCCGCAGGUCAAAAAGGCCGUGUUCUAUGAGCAGAUUGGGGAAUCUGAUCAAAAAGGGGUCGACUACGACUUCGAGGGUAGGAUCGAGUUCGAUAGGGUCAAGGACAUCACCCUGCUCCCCGGCGCCCAAUAUUACCUGUGUGGGCCUAUCCCGUUCAUGCAGCUGCAGCGGCGGGCACUGGAAGCAUUGGGCGUUCCCGGUGAGCGCAUCCAUUCGGAGGUCUUUGGAUCAGGUGUCGCGUGA